CACACACGGGGGAGGAGCUUCGCACACAGGAGAGACGCAGAGCGCGUCAGAGCGCAGUUUAACGCAGAGCGCAGGGAAGAGGCGCAGUUGAAGUGGAGUGUGGAGUGAAAAGACUGCUGCUGAAGCGGAUUGCAGGGAAGAGGUUCAAGUUUCACAUCACAGAUCACUACAGCAUUGAGACACUGGAGCUCAGAGGGACACACUCAGAUGGCACGACUCAUUCCCACGGCACAACGCUAGAGCCCGCCGAUCCACCUGUACACAUCAUCAUCAUCAUCAUCAGGAAACAUGCGUUUAACUCCCUUAUAACUUCCUUUCCUCCUUUUAACGCGACACUGAUUAACCUGCUCUCUGAGGAAUUCUUGGACAAAAGUUGUGUGCGCGCGCUGUUUGCCGGUUAAUGUCCUCUCUGAUGAGUAGAUUAUAAGCUUGGUGAAGAAACUAGGGAGGAAAAAAAAAAGCCAGGUUAGACGCAUCUGACUAAAAUGGAACAAGACAGCAAAGUUUGUCGCGGUUCUCCUGGAGAAAGGACUUGCACCGAGCAUCCGUGUAAAAGUGGCGUGUGGAUGAGGCGGACGGAGGUGUGUGGCGCGGUGGCAGUGUGUGUCGCGCUCUGCCUCCUCUCUCUCGGAGUGUGUGUGCUGGUGUAUCUGCGCACCACGGAGCUACAGGCCAGGGUAAACAGCUUGGAGAAGCACGGAGAGCCUCAGCACUCAGCCUGGAUGUUUCUCGAGCAGGUGGAACCAGUGCUCUUAAACCGUCUGGAUCAGAUGCUGGAGGAGAAGUUAGCGUCUCGUCUGCCAAAGACCAGAGAGACUCGGGAUGUCUCACACGCCUGUCUCUGUCCACCAGGACCUCCUGUAAGUACAAUAGACCUGUUGCCUUUGUUGCCUGGAUUGCGGUAAAAUGACCCAAAUUUUGUGUAGUGUCUGUUUCUGUGUGCUGUGCUGUGCUGUUUCUGUGCUGUGCUAUGCUGUGCUGUAUGUGUGUGUGUGUGUGUGUGUGUGUGUGUGUGUGUGUGUGUGUGUAUGUGAAUAUGAGCUAGCAUGUUGUGUCACAAGUCACCUUGUCACCUUUACAUACAUUUGGAUAUAAAAAGCAAACCACAUUUCUUAGAUUCUUUCUUUAAUUCUUUGAUAGUUUCUUUGUAUAAUUUUCCAAAAAACCUUUGGGCAACUUUCUGAUAAGGAAACACUCUGUUGUAGGGUUCUAUGUAGACCUUGUAAGGGUUCCCACAAAGGGAGACCCGUAUAGAAAUCUUAAAGGAAAAAAUAAAUCUUUUUUUUUUAAAGUGUACGUCUUCCUGCUGCAUAAUAAAUCUCAAAAAUACAAGGCAGUAAAUGGUUAAGCAGAUGAAAGAAGAGAAAAUGUGUGGACUUUAUAUGUGUGAUAAAACAGCAGGACACAUUCAGACAUUUUAACCACCAUUACAAAACCACAGUUCUCGUCUGUGGAUUAUUUUCCAGAGUUUGAGCGUCACCUGCGUGUCACACCGUGUGAACACAGGAUUUUGGCCCUGCUUAGCCUCCACAUUUAUUUUUAUAUUUCAUCUUCAUUGUCCGGGAGAGCCAGGAAGCAUGGCUAAGAAUGAAAUGUCUAUACAUUCUGUAUACCUUAUGAGUGUGAAAUAAAGCUGAACAUUAAUAGGCAUAGUCAUUAACUGAUAAAUACAAGCAUUGUUAUAUUGAAUUUGCUGAGCAUUGGUGUGAGAGUGUAGGAUACCUUGAUGAGAAGAGGAGAGGAGAGCAGAGGAGAGGCGGUAAAAUUAUUGACUAAAAUUAGGUGUGGUUAAGGACAGCUGCUUCCAUGCUUUUAGAGAUUGAAGGUCGAGCUCCUCCUCUAAGCUCUGGCAGUGAUUAAUGAUAUAACAGUGACCACAGACAUAAUAAAAGGGCAGCCUUAAGGCACUGGAAGAGCUCAAAUACACAUACAGAAAUGUAAACUUUAAACUUUAAAGGUAUUAAGUAAAACUACUCAAAAAGAACAUUUACUCAAAAAAUAGCAUUUGAAACAAGACAGUGUUUGAACUCUCACUUGUGCAAACAGUAAUGCUUAUAUCUUUCCAUGGAGUAGCAUAAAAUAUUCAGGACUUUUUAAGAAAAAAAAACACUGAAUCAACACAAAAGGUUUUAGCUUGAUGGAGGAAAGUGUGCAGUUAAUGGAAAGACAAUGAAAAAAAUAAAGAAUCCCAUGUGCACAUUAUUAAUAGCACAAGCAGGCAAAAUCACAUUCUAAAUAAUAAUUAGGUUAAAGUUACUGAAAUUAAGGAAUAAAACACUUUAGAAUGUGAUGUUGUGUGUGGUGUUACCACAGUGAAGUGGAUUAUUUUCCUAUAACAGCAUAUCCCGAAGUGUUUUAUUCCUCUUAUUCCACAGCAAUGUGCCAACAAUUGCAGUUUUGAGAUUAUUAAUGAAGAACCCCAUACAUUUUAACCAUUCAUAAUGACAUUUAAUGAUAUGGAACAUCUGUGAGACAAGGUAGUUCCUGUUAUCACUUACAUUAUAACAGUUGUAAACAGUUGUUCCCUCCCCAGCCUCUCGUCGUGUUACUGAGAAAGUCCUCUUUCCUAAAGACACUCUCUAGUGGUGGAAAACUCACUGACACCCAAACUCACUGAUUCCUUCCAUAAAUGUUAAAUAAACAUCUGCUUACAGAAAGCUUCACCAUGAUUAUACAUCAAUUAUUAUACAUUUUUCUUUGUUAAAUAUCGCACAUUUUCUUAAUCCAUUUAUUAUUAGUCUUAUUAUUACUGUAACUUAUUAUUAACUUAACUUAUUAUUAUUAGAUUAUUCGUAUUAUUGACAAAGAUUUCUAUGCUGUAAUAGAAAAUUAAUGAACACCGUGAGAUUCAAGAAUUCAUCAGGACUGGAGUAUAACACAAAAGAAGUAAGGACGCAGUCUGGUUACUGAAUAUGUGUAUGGCUAAUUUUGUAAUCACCAGCAAGUCACAUGCUCAAAAUAACAAGCUGCUGUGAGGUCUUUCAGUGUCAGGAGUGAGUAAUUGGCAAUCAGAGGCCAUGUGACAAGUGCAGUGUUUGUUUUCGGACGUGGUUGGAAACAAUCAAACACUCCUCUGGAGUGAUGGAUGGUUUCAGCAUGGCUUCGUGCUGAUCUACUACUAUGGCGCACGAGUGAUCAUACUGAGCAGGGAGGUGAGGGUCUAGACCAACAUUUACACAAGUAAGUUAGCAUAACACAGUUACAGGUGUGAUUCCAAUUCUACAACGUCUAGAAAUUGACCAUUUCCUGUGGAAAGUGAACACUUUGAUGGGUUUAAAUACAUAAUUGUUUCUCAUUCUUUACAGGUCACCUAACAUGGUCACGGCCUUUAGCUGUGUGUGAGGCAGGACUAGUUCAACAUAGCUUUUAAGCGUCACCAGCUCACAACCAUUAAAGUCUGCACAUGUCCAAAGAAAACUGUAUCCUGUUCAAAGCAGACGUGAUCCUAAAUUUAUGCACAUUAUUACAAAACCUCUCAUGAUUUAAAUAGCAUAUGUUAAGGCAGCUCAUUGGGUGUUGUAUUUACUUUGAGCCCAAAAUGCCACUCUUUGUUUCAGAAACAAGCAAUUUUUUAAUAUGUUGUCAAGUAUCCUUUUUUCAGUAAGGAGUUUAAUACAAACAUAAGUGUGCAAGAAGAGUGACAAGAAUGCUAAAUGGUAAAAUGCUGUAAAAUGUGAAUGCUGUUGAUCUAAAAUCCCAUACUAGAGCUAGAGUAGUCAGAGAGAGCUUAUCCAGGACUUUUUCCUCAUUAAAAGAUUGACCAAGAAAAUCUUAUCAUUACACAAUUCAUAUUCCAGCAGCUGCAUUAAAGGUUUGCGUGGUAUAAAUCUGUUGAAGAAAAAUUGAUCCCCACCAUUCUGUGCUUAAAAAAUAGGAGGAUUUACUUCAGUCUGAUGUAUUUCACUAGAAUUGAAUGUCUGGAUGUUUAAGGUCUCACUGUUACCACUGAGCGUGGUGGUACUGUAACCCCUCAGCCCCUGUAGGGAACCUAAUCAUUCCCCCAAAAGCACUGUAGCAGUAAUGAGAGCCACAUGUGUGCUGCUACCGUGUAGCACAAAUGAGGGGCUCUUUUCCGGUACUUGACCUUUGACCUUGCCAGACACAUCUCUUGGCCAGUCUGAGACGUGCCCAGGAGCCAUUGGUGGCCUUUUCCCACUCAGCAUCUGGUUUUAAGCCUCAAAGCAGGCUAUAUACACACUCACACGAAUGCUUCGUCCUAUGCACACACCGAAUUGAUCUCUCUCUCUCAUUGUUUCACUCAGAACUUUCUUUCUUCUCUUAGGCAUUUUGUUACACACAUGCUUUCCAACUCACAUCACUGUUCUCUCUCAUACUCCUUUUACCAGAGCUUGUAUACACUUAUUAUGAUCUGUCAUAAAUAACCCAUAAAUAAGUUAUUAACAGACCUACAUCUCUGCAGUAUCAGAACCUUGCCUGUACUCUAAAUAGAGAUAUGUCUUACUAGAUUUAUACAAGGGCCUUUAUUUUCAUGAUCAUGGUGCAAGUGCAAAUAUAUGAGAGGCAUAAGAAAAUUGCACAAUAUGUUCUUCAUAUUUCGGUGACAACUGGCACAGGUGGUAACUUAGCAAAGAGCAGUGCAACUGUAAAAAUAAUAAAUAAAAUAAAAAAGAAGAGAUGAUUCUGUUAAUUAUUUGAUGUUCUGAGCAUAAUGUCAAUUAAUUAAUGUAUUAAUGUACCUCAACUGAAUGAUUUUUAUUUGUAUUAUUUUAUUUUAUUUAUUUAUUAAUUUGACAAAAACCAACAACAAUUCAGGCAGUUCUUAAUCAAUAUUUAACUAAAAGUUAAUUGUACCUAAGUAUACUUUUUCAGAAAAUUAGUAGAAAUUUUAGAAAUUGGAGAAAUACAGGAGAAAAGGUUCUUCAAGGGUUCCUCUGAUGGUUAAGGGUUCGCAAUUUUACACAUUGUAGACUACAGUACGUUUAAGAGGUUAUAGAAUGUUAUAGAAUUCCUCCAAAGUGACUAGUACCUUUAGUUGUAUCUAAAUGUAACCUAAUCUACAGCUUAUUUACAUUAAAGUGAGGUGGUUGAGCAGUUGUUUUUAAGCCCAAAUCAGAAAAAAAAAAACUGUUCUGGCAUUGCAUUUGAGCUAAGAUGGGGUUACUCGGCAGGUGUUAACAUAAUGUUAGACCACAGUUGGAUAUAAACUGGCCUCUGUUUCUGAGGGUUGUGAUUGUCAAAGCCUAUAUCACAGAGUUCCACUCUCAUUUCUGUAAUGCCUAACCAGGUUAGCAAUAUGCUCUCUUAGAGAUGCAUCAACAUGAUGCUGCUGCAAAACUUCUCUGUAGUUUAUAAAUGGUUUAUAGCUUGUCAAGCUAUAAAAUGCAUGUUUAAUGUGAAUUACUGAGUCAAUUCUACAGUUUAUGGCUGAAAUCAACCUGUUACUCCGAAUGGAUGGUGGGAAGAUCAAAGAGCCUAUCCAAAAGACAGUAGAAAGGAUGUUUUUGUCUCCCUAACAGUUUCCUUUCUAACUGAGUCUUGAUAAAUGACUUCCCUUUCUCAACAGCAGGCCAAGAAGAAGACACAAACACACUCUCAGGGUUGAAUAAUCUAUGACGACUAUGUCCCAUGAUGGUUUUCAAUCAUGAAAAGAAUAUUUCCAUUUGAGUGAUGUAACAUCAAGUUUUGGCUGUAAUGAGGUAUUA